CCUGAGCUUAAAGGGGCCGUGGAGAAUGUGGUACAGGUAAGAUUGCUCUCACUAAACACGGCAGAAAGACACUGCCAGACAAACACGUGUACUACAUCCUACAGGAACUCCACACCUGGGAGUCACAAGAUGAGCUUAAAGAGGCCGUUGAGAACGUGGUACAGAUCCUAAUCUCAGACGAACCUGAGGAUGUGGACAACCUGAAGGACAUGCAAAUUCCAGAGGGGGUGCAGAAACAACUGGAUCAGCUACAGGGGGAGGGACAGCAAUAGAUGGAACAACACUUCUGCCCCUGGAAAGGAAGAAAGAAAUCAAGACAAACUAUGUUUGUGACUUUUCAGCCAAACAGACAGACUGAUCACUUGCUUGAAUCAAGCUAUAAAAUUAUCUUUAACAGACUAUUCUGAAUACUGAAAUUUGUUUGUUUUUAACAGUCAAAGGUGCUUCAAUGUACAUAAACAAUUAUCUUUAUCAAUACAAUGUAUCUGUGUCCAACGAAGGACAAUGGUAUGUUUUAUGGAAAUACUGUACUAACACAAGGGCUAAAUAAUUACAUUAUUGUCCUUUCUGGAUGUCUUUAUUGGCUUUUCUGGAUGUUUUUAUAACGAUGAUCAUCAUUAAUUUUACAUUUUUAUAUAAUGAUAAUGAUUUGUAUUACUAUGCCAGCAUGAUUCUUGAUGCAAAAUGUCGGUUCAAAUAUGUCCUUGGCUCAUGUACCAACAUGCUGAUGAAUCUGUACCACUACAAAGAACAGGGCUGAAGAGUCACACCAUGAGCAUGUGAUUUGGAUUAAGACUUAAGGCCGCUGCAUAAUAGAAAAUUCCCAGAAGAUUGUCUAGCCCCAUUAUCUACUUCAAAGAAUGUUAGAUAUGGUCAAUCAUUCUAUCAAUUGACCAUGUCAAAUUUGUCAUUUUCCUUAUUAUGUUUUUCUUUUCUUUAACCCAGCUACAUUCUUGGCUAUUUCUUUGUAUUCAUGGAGGUAGGGGCGAAUCAGGUAGAAUUUUGAAGGGGCACAGAAAAUGAAAUUGCAAACUGAAUUCGACUGAUGUCAUUCAGAAAAUGCUUUAGUUUGUUAGUAUUGUACCCAGCUACUUUCGUGAUCAUUUUCUGGACAUGUGUCCUUGGAGACAGGGGCGAGCCAAAAAUGAUUGUUGUAGGGGAGAAGAAGAAAAGAAAAUGAAAGAAAUUGCACAUUAAACUCGACUGAAACAUUAAAUAGUUUGUACAGGGCCGACAAUGGAAAUUAUUACAGCACAAGGACAGAAAAAGAUAUAUGCAAAGUAUCAACCUGAAAUUUUAACCUGUCACCCCUCCCUGCCGCCGUUCUUGGUACAUCCCUGAGAUAUUCUAGACGAACAUACGAUACGGAAUGUACAAGAAGACAAAGACCCUGUGACGUAAUAAAAACAGACCAGUCUACCGACCAGUAAUGACGGAUGGCAUGACAACAGUUAGCUGUACUUGCUGAUAAUACAACUUUGUAACCACUUUUACCCGUAGAAGCCUUACAUUUGCCACCAAACAGGGCUUACCAUUUGACAUGAGAACAUUUGGUGACAUUCUUUGAAGCUGUGAUCACAAUAGGCUUGACAACCUUGGCGCAGAGCAGUGCGAGUUGCAACACCUCUAGAAGCUGGCUCAGCCUAUCGUCAGAGAGUGAAAAUGCCUGGGACCAUAUGGACAACCAUCGCCGUGUUCGCUAUGCUGGCAGUGGCCGUGAUAGGCUCGAGGUCCAGUGAGAGUAAGAACCCGUUCCUUACGGAGCAGGAGGCGCACAGCUUCGUGGGUAACCAGCGGUCCAAGCGGAGUCUGUGGGGCCUGCUGUUCUGUAACCUGGAGGAGGAGUGUGCUCACGAGGGCUGCAGCUUCGAGGAGAUCACCGAAUGCGAGUGGUCAUCCUCAGAGGCGCAAGAGUAUCUGAUGACGCUGGCCUGCCAGCUUUGGCCCUGCAGUACCGGGUACAGGUGCCAGGGGGUGCGCCACGGGACCACGCAAAGUGGACCUCACUGGCGGCAAUGCAAUGCGGUGUGUUUCGGCUCGACGUCGUGCCCCCACGGAGGCUACUGUGGCAGGCCUGACUACUGCAGCGGCUGUGAGCGAGGCUACGAGAGCCCCAGAUGCACAGAUGUUGACGAGUGUGCGGACAGGCGCACCUGUGACGAUCACGCCACCUGUACAAACACAGACGGCAGCUACACCUGUAGGUGCGCACCUGGAUACCUGGGGGACGGGCACACCUGCACAGAAAUCACAACUACUAUGAAGUCCACAACAUCAACCACGACUAAACAGACGACCUAUAGCCAAACAUCUGAAGAGACGACCACAACAACCGCCAAACCGACCACCUUGGCUUCAACAACACAAGGGAAGGCGCCAUCUACCGAAAAGGCUGCGGUAGUGCAGGACGCAGAAUCAGUCAGCACGUCACCACCGGAAGUGACGUAUAAGACGACGGAGGACCCGAAAGUGUUGGCAGAUGCUGCCGAGUUGUCUGACAUGUGUGGAGAGGAUGGACAGCAGCCCUGUGGGAAACCAACUAUGCCGUUCGUGGAGAAGACGAUGUUGAUCAUCGGCAUUGUGGCGUUCGUCUUUGCGUGUGGCAUCGUGUUUAUAGUCUACCACCAAAAGAUCAAGAAUGGAAUGUUCCUCCCCCCUUGGUUGGUCGGAAGGGGGCAGGACCCACCACCCCCUUACAGUGAGGGGAGCGUCAACGUGGUCACAGUCGCAACUAAAGUAUGUCUGCCUCCGGAUAUCACAAUCAGCACCACGGACAAGGACGGUAUGAAGCCUGGGUACGAGUUCCCCGGCGAACCCCAGCCAGGGAACGAGGUUUCCGGCGAAUUCCUCCCCGAGAAGAUCCCGGACGAUCCGAUACUGGCACCACAGGAAGGCGAUGUGACAGACAUUGAGUUUAUCUUAAAGUCGAACGCGUUGGAAGAAAAAGCUCCCAUGAACUAGAAUGGUGAAUGGUUACGAGAUGGUAUCUGAAGCUAAUCUCGAACCAGAUCCACGGUGCGUAAUGUAUAGUACCAAACUUACCGUAGGUGCCCAUUUCACUCCCUUAGCCGGCUAUACUCCCUGGCCAGCUUUGAUACUAUCUUAUGGCACCGCAUGGAGAUUAUUCUGAAGCCAGUUGAGGCCAUAAGGGCAUGGGAAGCUGCUAUAUAACGUUACAGCGUCGGGGAAUAGUGGUAUUUUCUUUCAGCUCACAUUUAACAAAACUAAAUAGCUGAUGAUCAAAUCAUGUGUAAUAUAUCCCUGUUUCAAAAGUAAGUUAUUAGUUGAAAUGGUCAAAGUCUAAGGGGAACAAAUAUUAAUGUACUAGUAUUACAUUGUUAACCAUAACGCACACAUGUAUAUACAUUGUAUAGCCUUCAACUAGAAGGCACCAAAAACAAAUAGCAUACAAGCGGGUUGAAAGACAACUGCUCUGUUGUACGUAUGUGUUUUGUUGUAUAUAUUGUAAACGCUCUUCUCUUAGUACAUAAAUUUAAUAUGUCCUAGACCGCUGGCCGGAGGCGACUAUGGUAGCGUGAACGUUAUUACAGAGGAAACUGUGCAGUUAUAACCGGUGAAGCUGUGCCUAUGACUUGCCAUACUAAUGUGCUUUGUACAUCAGCUUGAAAUUCUAUUUAGUGUGCGCUGACGAAGUAAGUUUGUCUCUAAGAUAACAUUAAAAAUGCUCUUUUCUCCCAUGUUUUGUUCACAGUCUUUGGUUGGACGAUACAUGUAAUUAUUAACUACAGCUAGGAUAACUACCACAAUGUAGCUUUCCAUUAUUAACUACAGCUAGGAUAACUACCACAAAAUAGCUUUCCAUUAUCUAGUACAUUCCCUUAAGAAUUAACAUACUUAACCUGGCUUAACCAAUUAUUUUUCAUCUAUCAAAAUAAAGUACUUAACGUGGUAA